GGAAGAGAAGGCAAAAGGGAGGGAGGGAGGCAGCGCUGCGGCACCCGAGCAGCCUGGGGCCCCGGUGGCGCAUUGGAGCGUCUGCAUUCGCGGCUGUAGCGCUUCCAUGAUGGGGGAGAGGCCGGAGACGCGCCUGGAAGGCCCCUGGCUGGCGGUCGGGAAGGGAACCGGGUGACCCGCCUUUGUGCUUGCGUCCCAGUGACUGGUCCGCUCCGGUUCGGCCUUCAUAGAGACCCGGGCCGAGCUGCAGAAGCCCAGGCCAGUCUCCCCGGGAAAGCAGUGGGCUUCCCGAUGCUGUUUGCACCAACGCCGUCCUCCGGUAAGGUAGACCCGUGAAGAACUCAAGAUGGACCUUGAUGUACUAAACAUGUUUGUAAUAGCAGGAGGCACCCUAGCCAUUCCCAUCCUGGCAUUUGUUGCAUCCUUUCUAUUGUGGCCUUCAGCACUGAUCAAAAUAUACUACUGGUACUGGCGCCGAGCACUGGGCAUGCAAGUUAGAUAUGUGAACUAUGACGACUACCAGUUUUGCUAUUCCUACCGAGGCAGACCCAGCCAUAGACCUUCCAUACUCAUGUUGCAUGGCUUCUCAGCACAUAAAGAUAUGUGGCUGUCUGUGGUCAAGUUUCUUCCAAAGAACCUACACUUGAUUUGUGUUGAUAUGCCAGGUCAUGAGGGGACUACUCGGUCUUCCCUAGAUGACUAUUCAAUCGAUGGGCAAGUGAAAAGAAUACACCAGUUUGUUGAAUGUAUCCAUCUGAACCGAAAACCCUUUUAUCUCAUUGGCACUUCAAUGGGUGGAAAUGUUGCAGGUGUCUAUGCUGCUCACUACCCAGCAGAGGUGGGCGGCUUAAUUCUCAUUUGCCCUGCAGGGCUGCCACAGACGACAGAAAGCAAAUUUGUUAAACAGCUGCAGGAACUGAAGGCUUCACAGAACAUUGACAGAAUCCCUUUAAUUCCAUCUACUCCUGAGGAAAUGGCAGAGAUGCUGAAGCUCUGCUCAUAUGUUCGCUUUAAAGUGCCCCAGCAGAUCCUACAGGGCCUCGUUGAUGUUCGCAUCCCACACAAUGACUUUUACAGAAAAUUAUUUUUAGAGAUUACAAGUGAAAAGUCAAGAAACUCCCUUCAUGAAAAUAUGAGCAAGAUCAAAGCUGCAACACAGGUCAUCUGGGGGAAACAAGAUCAGGUCCUCGAUGUUUCCGGAGCAGACAUUCUAGCAAAAGUGAUUCCUGAUUGUCAAGUACAAGUCCUGGAGAACUGUGGACACACUGUUGUUGUGGAGCGGCCCAGGAAGACAGCAAAACUUCUCCUUGAGUUUUUCGCUAGAGUGCAGAAUAUGGAGAACAAUAAAAAACUGGCUUGAACUUCCUUUGUCAAACCGAAUCCUUCAGCUAGAUGUUUCAGUUGUGAUGAAAUACUGCUACUUUAAUUAAUUCUCAGGGAUUUUAUUGUGAAGAACUUGGUGACUGUGCCAAAAUCCCUGAAGAAACCAGAGUAAUAUAUUUAAUUUGUAGGGCUGUCAGUGCAGUGACUUAUGGGAUACUGAGCCAGGUUCUGAUGUAUGUUAUUGAUAAAGUCCAAUAAAGUCUGCAUUAUUAAAGUCUUUUGGGAGUAGUAAAAGACCCCAUUGGAUAGGCCUGUCACUCCACUGACUUUUUCUUCAGGCAUUAUCCCUCUGUCUCUGAUAACAUUUCCCUUUAUUUUAAUUGUGUACCCAAAUAUGGCUGGAUAACAUGGAUGUUAGCUAGAUAAAAUAGGAAGUGGGUCACAGGCCUACUUCAUCUUGCCAGUGUGCCCCUCUCCCAGUCUGCCUUUGGUAAUGUUUCAUGGGCUUACACAUUGAAGAAAAAGUCAGAUCCCUGCAAAGUUCCUGAAUCAUCUGGAAAACAUACACCCUGCCUAUUGACUGGGCUUUUCUUAUAGCAUACAUGUAAUAUAAUUAUUUAUAUAAUAUGUAAACUAGAAUAUGACCUGAAAUGAGACAAUUAUCUUUCACAGAAUGUACUGGCCACUUCUAGGUUUCUACAGCUGUUUUAUGUGAUCUAGCAUAAUGUCCGGCUAAUUGGAAUGUACGAUGUCAAUGAUAUUCAUUUAAAAUAUGUAGGAAAUAUGGUAUGGAGCAAAACUUCAUAGACUGAGAGCUAAGGCCUGUUCCCACCUCUUAGUGUAUAUGGCUUUGCAUGAAAAGCAAUUGUAACAAAAGAUUCUGAUGAUCCAGAUGUUUGCUAAAGUGCUGUUUAUGUAGCUCAUUAAUUUAUGAUUUCAGCGGAGAAGGAAGGCAUCACAUACAUUUUUAAUGACAGAAAGGUUUCACCAAUUGUGCAACUUUGCAGUGUUUACACCAAUUUAUUCUAGGUGAGUAUGCCUCUACAGCUCGUUUGUUCUGUGUGUACUGCCUUAUCAGUCAGUAAAUGCUGAAAGAUUGGUUAUAAUCUGACCUGACUUGAAUUGUGAAAUGUUCUGUGAGUGAUUGUUGUGUUCAAAUAAUUCUGGAGUAAAUAAUUUAAGGAUUCAAGAUAAAUUCAUUGACUAUAUAGUUGGGCGCAUGUAUGUAUACCCAUCAGGUACACACAGUGGGUUAAUUCCUGUGAAGUCCAUGGGACAAUCCCUAGUAUUACGUGAUAGCAAAAUCCGAUCAAAUUUUUGACCAAAGCAAAAUGCUAUUACUUCCCUUGGUCUAGUCUAGACACUGUACUCCUAUUGAUGCAUCUGAGAAUCACAUUGGCUUAGGCUAGCUUAGUAGACCAAAUGAGUCAACAGUGUGAUGCAGCAGUUUAGAAAGCCACUGCAAUUCUAGGCUGCAUCAAUAGGAUAGUAGUGUCUAGAUCAGUGCUUACAAACCUUUGGUUCUCCAAUUAUUUUGGACUUCAGCUCCCACAGUUCCUAACAGUUGGUAAGCUGGCUGGGAUUUCUGGGAGUUGAAGUCCAAAACAACUGGAGGACCAAAGGUUGGGAAUCACCGAUCUAGAUAGACAGAAGUAAUAGUACCACUUGUUACUGCUUUGGUUAGACCUCACCUGGAAUAUUGUGACCUGUUCUGAGCACCACAAUUUAAGAAGGAAAUUUUCAAGCUGGAACAUAUCCAGAGAAGGGCAGCCAAAAUGGUCUAAGGUCUGAAAGCCAAGCCCUAUAAGGAGAUGCUUAGGAAGCUGGCUGUGUUUAGCCCGGGAAAGGGGAGGUGAAGAGGGGACAUGAUAGCCCUGUUUAAAUAUGAAAGGAUAUCACAAUGGGGAUGAAGCAAGCUUGUUUUCUAUUGCUCCAGAGACUAGGACAUGAAGCCAUGGAUUCAAACUUCAGGAAGAUGAGAGUCCAUCUAAACAUUUGGAAAAAAAUUCUUGAUGGUAAGAGCUGUUUGACAGUGGAAUAUGCUGUGUGGGAGUGUGGUGGAAUUUCCUUCUCUGGAGAUUUUAAAACAGAGGCUGAAUGGCCAUCUGUUGGGAGAGUUGAAUGUGCUUUUUCUGCAUGGCAAGGCAUUCGACUGGAUGGUCUCUUCAGUUUCAAUGAUUUUGCUAAGGGAGGAAGAGACUAAAGAAUUGCACCAUGUUUUUGUUCGGUAAUACAAUUGAUCUGGACUUGUUUUCUCCAGCCUGCUGUCCUCCAAGUGAGUUUGACUGCACUUUUCAUCAUCCAGCCAGCACAGACCAUGUUGCUUAGGGACCAAAGUCCAAUGCAAUUUGCAGGGGUCAGAAUUGAGGAGAAUCAAUCUGGAAGCACCCAAGUAAACAUGAAGGUCUAGGAUUAGAGUGGAGUCGGGUUCUGCAUGGCAGAGGGUUGGACUAGAUGGCCCUUGUGGUCUCUUCCAAGUCUAUGAUUCUGGGAUUCUAUCUCUGGAAGGUGAUGUUUCUCUACAAUUAACUAAUCAAAUGAGGACAUUAUGAAACCAUUUCUGGAGCCAUUUUUCCUAUCUAGAUGGAACUCUACCCAAGCAAUAACACUGUAUGUAGAUAGAUGCACAAGUGAUCAGAUCCAGGAUGGAAUUGGGGUGGGCGCUUUUCUAAAAUUUAUGUUCUGCUGAUGUAAAUAACUUAUCUUAAUGAAUUCUAUGAAUUCUGUGAAUCAAAGUGUCUUAAGCGGGGUAGAUAGGUGUUUAUAUAUAAAGAAUGAAAUGAGCAAUGACAAAGUACAAUUAAGUUAGUGUAAGGGAUUGUCUACUUACCAGUAGUCUUAUAAUGUAAAUUAUGUAUCAAAUGGGGUAUAACCUUCCAACAGAAUGCAUUCUUUCUUUUUCUUUUCUUUUUUUGGAUCUUAUAGUCAUAUGCAACUUUUUAGACGAAUGACCUUUCUGUAUUCAAUUGAGAAAGUCAUGUCUUUUUCAAUUUUUCAUUUUGGUUUGUUUUGACAAACAGAGAAGGUUUAUGAAUAUCCUAACAAGAGUCCAAUUGUACAUUAAAGAAUAACAAAUUUAUCAGUAAUUGUCAUUGCCAAGUUUAGUAACAGUUUAGCUCGGAUGGUCUGCUAUCCAAAUAGGAAGAGUAGGGGAUGUAGUGAUUUGUAGGCUCUAGUCCCUGGUCUGGAUAGACAACUACAAUGUGAGUCUGGAGUCUGGAGUCUAUUUUUCUGCCCCUAGGACAGAAAGUCUGGGGUCUGGAGGACCACAAAAGGGUUGUUGGGAGCCAUGUAGCCCUGGGACCCCACUUUGCCCACUGCUGCUCUAGCGCUUUGGACAGUUCAGAAUAGCCAUAACAAGUUCAGUCGGUUGGUUCCCUUGUAAAUGGAUUUCCAUUUUGCAGGAUUUCUUGAGAACUAAAAUGUUGGCCCUCCCUGGUGGUCUGCCUCCUUUUGAGGAAAGUAGGUAAACGCUUGGUGUCGUUGUAGUGUUUAUUAUCUUUCUGCCCAAUUUAUAUGCACCAUAUAUGCAUCUCUCACUUUUCAGUUGAUGUUUUUGAACAUUCUGCUAUUAUGACAGAUCAAAGUUAUAGCCAUGUUCUGCACUUUCAACCCCCAGAUUGCUGUCUGCACUACUGCUGCUGUUUUUUUGCACACCAUUUUUUCUUUCUGUUAACCUGGUGGCACUUGCCAUUUGGUCUUGCACUUAGAAGCUUAAAAAACCAUGGGUUCCACUUUUCAAUUUGUUCCAUUUUUGGAAAGUGGUCCAGUCCCAAACGUUUUAGAUAUGUGACGAUUUCCUGUAUUUGAUUGAAUACACAAAUGAUUUCUUCUUAACAGUCAUGACGGUGUUUAUUAGACAUUUACAUGUAGUAUCAUUGUAAAACUCUCUUACAUUUGGUCCCCCAUGGGCUACAUUAACAGCAUCUUCAUGUUCUAGAGCCAUUGUUGGUCUGUAUUUUUAUUUUAUUUUUUGCUUAAAUGGAGAGGGGAAGUGCCCCAUUUUUUUAUUUCAGGAAGGCAGGAAAAGCUAUGUUUCCUCCAGUGAUUGCUUGAUCAAUAUUUCUAAUACAAGUGCAAAUAAAAACAAAGAGAUUGGUAUCUUAAAUGCAUACAAAACCAGCAUAGGAGAUCAAAGAGUGAAGAUUUAUUAUUUCUUAUUGACCAGUUUCUGGAAGUCAGUGUAUUGUAUGCAAGAGGAGUUAAUUAAAAUGUCAUUGAAAUAAAAUA